AUGAUUCCGCACUUCGCGUCAGCAGACUACGACUGUCCGCAGUACAUGAACCCGGCCGAGAACUUCAUCAGUCUAGUGAAUACAGACUUCGCAGACGUCCCGCAGAUGAUUAACAGGCUGAACAUCCGGGAUCCUGGGAUCUACUGGGUCCACUUGUUCAUGUACAUCUACCUGAGCUUUAUGGUGGGGACCAUGUACCUGAGUACGAACGACGACCUGACGGAGGAGGGCCUGAUGACGCUGCUGUUCUACGUAUACGCGUUCCUGGUGUUCAUGUCAGUGCCCCUGCUUCCGUUCUUUAUUGAGCAGCGCGCCAUGUUCGCGCGCGAGCGGGCCAGCAGCUCGCUGAGCGUCGUGCUCCAAAUUCCUGGACACGUUGCUCGGCACCUUCCUGACCACAGCAAUGUCGACAGCGCUGGUGGCACUGCUGACGGAUCUCAACGCCGUCGAACACUUCCUGUUGAACAUGUUCCUGCCGCUGGUGGUGUCCAAGACUUGAUCGGCGCCGCCGCGCCGCGCAACAUCAUUGGCAUUGCGCAGGACGGCGUGUCCGGCAUAAUAAUGCGGUGA